GUAAAAUAGGAAAAUCAUGGGGUAGGACUCCUCCUUGAAUUUGAACCCGCAAUUUAGAACAACCUGUCAACAAUCAGUUCAAUACUCCAAGGUGACUAUGCAUUACAUAAUCAGGGGUUUAUCUAAUGAAAGGACACAGCCCAAAUGCAGCCUGCAAAUUACAGCGUACUUUCCACGCUUGAAGCCAACUAUGUUAGUGUAUUACUUAGUAUAUCUAAUAAUGGAAUAAAACCGUAUUUUAUUGAUUUAGAAAGAUUACUGCUGACGUUUAGCAUAGCACGAAACAAUUCCUGUGCUAAUGUUAUGCAAGAACAAGGUAUUAUUUCGGCGUGUUCAAUUUACACUGAAAUAAUAGCCUUCAUUGCAAACACCGUUCUAAUCGUGCCUGAUGUACAAUGGCGCAACAAAUACAAGUUUAAUGUUUCCUUUAAACUUUACGCCGAAGUUCAGCUUCAGCUUUUAAUAAAGUUGCCUAACCGAGACAUUAUAUUCUUCAUGCAAAUCAAAAAUACUCUGCAAGUGUGCUGCAAUGAUGUUGUUUAUCACUUUCGAUUAUAAAAAAUCAGCUCAUACCAGCAGAUUUUGGUAUAAGAGACUUUUCCAUUAAAUGCACCAAACAAACACACGUGCGCUCGUUGAAUCUGAUUUGUUUGUCGUAUAAAGCUUUGGCUACUCCUCGAUUUUUG